UUCACCCUGAUGAAGACCCUGCGAGGUUGAAACCGGUUGGUUUAAAAAAAAAAAAAAAAAAACGUAAUAUCUGCAGAUAUAGCCUGUCGCUAUAUUAAAGGCUUUUAAAAUAUUUUCUUUCGCGCAACUGUGCCUGAAGUUUCUAGUAAGUCGGAUUCUUGAUAUCUUUUCGGCUAUUCCUCCAGCGACGCUAGCCCCUCACGGUCAGCAUGAGUCUCCAGUGGACGGCCGUGGCCACCUUCCUGUACGCCGAAGUGUUCGCCGUACUGCUGCUCUGCGUGCCCUUCAUCUCCCCCCAGAGAUGGAGCAAGAUCUUCAAGUCUCGCUUGGUGACGGCCAUCAGGACGUACGGAAACACCUUCUUCAUGGUUGCCAUGGGGAUCCUGGUCUUCCUGCUGAUUGAUGCGGUCAGGGAGGUGAGGAAGUACAGUGUGACGGACACAGUGGACCUGAACAACAACCCCUCAGCCGUGGAGCACAUUCACAUGAAGCUGUUCAGAGCCCAGAGGAACGAGUACAUCGCAGGCUUCGCCCUGCUGCUCUGCCUGCUGCUGAGGCGCCUGGCCACCCUCCUGUCCCAGCAGGCCACCAUGAUCGCGUCCAACGAGGCCUUCAGGAAGCAGGCGGAGGGCGCCAGCGACGCCGCCAAGAGGUACAUGGAGGAGAACGAGAAGCUGCAGGAGAAACUGAGGGAUGCCGGCAUCGACGUUCCCGAGGUCGGGAAGAAGCCCGGAGCCAGCCUGGAGGAGGAGAACAAGACGCUGAAGACCGAGGUGAAGAAGCUGAAGGACGAGCUCGACGCCACCAAAAAAGUCCUGCACAAGUCUGACAGUGAUGUGAAGGCCAUGAGGAAACAGGCGGAGAACCUGACGGUGGAGUACGACCGUCUGCUGGAUGAGCACGCCAAACUGCAGGCGAGCGUGGACGACAGUACGAGGGAGAAGAAGACAGACUGAGGCGGGAAAGCGCAUCGUUCUCUGACCCCGAGUUCUCCACAGCGAUCGCCUACCUGCACCUGCACAAGCCUGGAUCCCCAAUGCACACGCUCAUUCCUGAUUGGUGCCUUUCGGGAGAAGCCCCUCUUCCCAUUGGCUCUGACCCAUCAUGCACACUUUCCCAUUGGCUCGAACCCAUUAUGCAUAUUUUCCAUUUGGGGGUGUAGGAUGUGUAGGGUAAAUCACCCUUCCCUUACAAGUUUGUCACCUUUUGUUUCCCAAGUUGUCAAACUUGCAAGGUAUUCAAAAAGAAAUUCAGAAAUACUAUUGUCUCUCGGCUCAUGUUUGACUAGAAGCAGAAUUCUGCAGUUGAGCGGAAUUUUCGUCCAUCUGCUUCGAAAUUGGGAGAGGUUCUUUAUUCGGUAUCUUGACCAAUUGUGUGUAAUUGACUUUUCGUUCUUUUUUUUUUUGUUCUGUUUAUGAGUAUAAACCGCGGUUAUUUUUUAAGUGUGACCACACAGGGACCAUAGUUGACCCUCUCCCCUACUCAUCUCAUGACCGGAGAUGAUGUCAUGGUCCAGUUUUAAUGUACGAGUUUGCUGAACCUGAGUCAUGUGAUCCAGUGCAUGCAGAAUUGACCACUGGGAGCCACUGCAUUCAUUCUGACCGGUGAGGAACACUGUACGUAGAACAUUUGUCUUGUGGUUUGUGUGUGACUGCUGAACAUCUUGAAAUGAUGGGCAUUGAUCUGUGUAAUUUGUUAUUUUGUCACCAUCAGGGUGCUCAUCAGAAGAAAAGAAAAUAGUCCAGGUUCAGCAUUGUAAUGUACUGUAGAGAAUGUUAGCUUCUUACAGUGGGAGCGAUGGGGGGGGGGGGCAUUUGCAGAUAUUUCUGGUUCAUGCCCUUGGUGGGGUGGUUGAAUGCUUAUUUGUUAUGUUUUUGGUUUGCUUUUGAGUUAUUCCACACUGAAAGCCACACUUUGUUUUUUUUUGUUUUUUUUUUUUGGUUCUGUCGUCUUGUGUAUAUUGGAAAAAAUAUAUAUCUUGGACGUGACAUACAGUCAUUUUGACGUUUUCCUAUUGAGUACCAGAAAAUUGAGAAUAUCAGAGUAUGAAAUUAAUUGCUCCGUUAAAAUGAUUUGACUGACUGACUUAAUGAAAUUGUUCUAAGUGGUUGCCUCUGUGUAACAGUACUACUUAAAAGUGGUUGACAUCAGUUCCUCAUUAUUAGUGAAAUAAUUGAUACAGCUGGGUUUAUAAUGCGGCGAGAAGCUCGUGUUCGCCGUGCUGAAAUUCAUCCGCUCUCCCGUCCCUUGUUCGAGGCCCCGAUUGUACUCUUGAAACCAAAGCUCGUUUUGUGCGUCCGUUCGAACCGGGUUUGUACCGGUUACCUCUGGUUUGAAACCUCUGCGCCUGCGUAAUCCAAUACGGGCCGUGGGGCGCACUGUAAAUCAGAAUUUUAAUCACCGCGCCUGGAUAAGGAAACUCAACACGAGCGCCGGUCUCGGUGUCUGACAUUUCAAAACAAUUGCUGGUUCCAGCUGGCAGGCUAAGUUCUGAAAUGUAACCGACUCCAAUCGAAUGUUUACUUUGUGCCGAUAAGCCAGCUAUUACGUUUUGAGAUUCACUGCAUGUCAAAUAAAUAAAUAAAAACGUGGUGUAUUUAACCCGGGAUAUCAAAAAAGUGAAUUUGAGUUGAGUGAAUUUGUUGCCUAACAUUACAAUAAGCGCUUCCUUUGCGGACGCGGCGGCGGGGGUGGGGGGGGGGGGGGGGGGGCGGGGGGGGGUGGCUGGUUAUGUCGGUAUUUCUGUGCUUAGAAACGCACCGAAGCGAAAGUACGCUUUCCAGGCUGACACACAACGACCGGAGGACGGCUCUGAAAUCCGAUAGCCCCUUAGCUUCCCCAGGUGGUAUCGCAGAGUGUUUUAUGUACAUACCCGAAUGGGGCGGCUUGCAGGGAGCGUGUGCAGUUGAGGAGCAGCAGCGAGCGCGCAGAAGACCUUGUACAGGCAAAACUCUCCUGGAGUUCCGGAGUGGGGUCGAGGGGGUUGGCGUUACUCCUCCUCCUAGAUCCAGAUCGAAACGCGGAGCACUGUAGGGGACUGAGGGAUUUCCAUUGGGAUUUAGGGAAGCUGCCUUGAAGAAGGCAAGCUUGGGCCUGGCCUGGCUGACCCUGGUCUGAUUUGAGUGCUGUGGAUUUAGUGAAGUAAUUUUUCAUUGUAGCACCUGGUUACAAAAAAGAAAAAAGUAAAAAUAAAUGACAGCAAUCCCCCCCCCCCCCCCUCAGUCCUGCCAUAUCUGCUGCACCUGUGAUCUUUUGAAUUUUUUCGUAAUUAAAAUGCAGCGAUAUACCAGAACUGGGGAAUUGGCCAACACCCAUUUUUUUUCCUAAACCACUUGAGUCAAGAGUGGACCCUUUCAAUGAAAGAUUCUGAUUGGCUAAAUCAAGACGCUAAAGGCAACAUCUGUUAAACCAAGGUUCGACCGUUUUGUAGCAUUGCUUUGGUAUACUGUGUGUUUACUUUUGGUGCCCCUUUAGAAAUGUAAUUUCUUUACUUUAUGUACUUUACUUUUUAUUUGCUUUUCCUCCUGGUCGUGCUCCAGUGUUCACGCUAAUCGUAUAUAUGGUUGAAUAGAAUCAAUGGCUAUCGUACACUCUUAUCGUAGUGUUUGAUGACCUUUCACCCCUGGGUCAUCAUUCACAUAAAACAAACUCCUGUCAUUUUUUUUUUUUUUUUUUUUUUUUUGUGGUGAGGGUAAAAUUCCAACUUGGGGAGUUGCCGGAAAAAGAUAACGGGGGAGCAUCUGGAUUGGGCUUAUCUCUGCUGUCUAUCUUCUCACGCGAGUUUGUCAAAAGGAAAUGAAUAAAGCGAACGUAAGCGAA